CGACCUCAUCAAUUCGCGCGAAGCCUCGGUGAAGCACUUUUAGAAAUUGGUGGGGACUCCCGGAAAAAUAUCGUGGCAAAAAUGCGGAAAAUUUUCGAGGACUUAAAUUGUUUGGGGCCUGUAUGCGACGUCAACCGAUACUGUCGAUUAAAUCUCUCUCCAAUGGGAGGGGAGUAACGAAGAGAGAAGAGAGUCGGUGGAUGCCCGUCAGCUGACGAGGAUGCUUCGAAGAAGUCUCGUGGUUAGCAGCCAGCGAUAUAGACGACGACGUCGAAGAGGAGCUUAGAUAGUUUGUUGUCCGAGGGUUGUUUGAGCCCUGCGGGGUUUGGUGGCGAACAAAGGUUCGACGAUGUUCUGCGCAGAAGGCUCGUCGUCGAAAGGCGACUUUCUGCAACAGAAAAAAGCCGCGCGGGAGGAUCGGGCCCACGAGAAGCGCAGAGAAGCCGCGGCCACUUUGAUUCAGGCCCAUGUCCGGGCCUGGCUGGCCCGUGUCCAAUUCACACAGCGAAUUUUAAAAGAAUUUGAUAACUAUUUUUUUGAUGAGUCUGGAACUGAUAACGCAACAGUGGAAUUAAAACCUGCUCUAGAGGUGUACAGAAUCGUUUCUCGAAUUUUGUUAAUAUACAAAAAGGAGAGAGAUCAAGAAAGAAUAGAAAAAUUAUGCAGAUAUCUUGUUCUGACUCUCGAUUCCGAAUCUCCAAAGAUAUCUUAUGUCGGAGUAGCGCUGAACAAGGAUCACUACAUAUCAUGGAUAUCACAAAUGAAGACAAUUCUCUAUCACUGUCUUUCGGGCUUAAAUUGUUUGAAGCCAGAGAGAGUGUCGGACCACAAGUCUAUACUGCUGCGAUUGCAUACAUUGGUGAGUUUUACCUCGCCGGGAACGUGGGCUAUACAAAAAGUAAAAGGCAUGGACCAAUUAAAGGCUGGCAUGAACCAACUGUGCGCGAACAUUAUGGGCCACUUGGUCAACAACGGAUUUUACACGACCAUGCAGGCUUUGUUAGUAAAAGGAUUGGGUAGAUCAAAACUCGCUUUGAAACCAGUUACACUAUCAGCAGCGGUCACACUGACACUGAGACCACUGAUCUCUUCACAGAUGUCCGACAAGCUGGUAUCGUUGUUCCUAAUCAAUAUUUUUAGCGUGCCAGCUCUCGUUUAUCAUUUGAAUGUUUUAUCGCCAGAGUGCAUUUCGUCGUUUAUAACAAACAACCUGUUUGCUAGAAGUUUGGAGCUGUUGAAUUCCGAGCAGAAUUUAAGAAUUGUGUUUAAUGCCCUAGAAGGCAGUUACGCACUUUGUUUGCUCGCUAAUUUGAUACAGCUGGCAAACAUCGAGAAAAAAGAGGUGCUAAGAGAACUCUGUUUCCCUUCCUUCACGUUCGUUGUGACAAGAAUGUUAGAAGCAUGUCAACAAUAUGUGGUCGCAAAACGGAGUAAUUUGACACACUGGCAUCCCGUACUAGGCUGGUUCGCGCAAACAAUCGACACCUCGUUGCAAGAAUCGAUCCCUUUCGUGAAAUUUCAACUGGCUUGUCUUUGGACGGGUAGAAUAGUCACGCACUUAAUCGAACAGCCACUGACCGAACUCGUCGAGAAAGAAGUGCCACCUCCGGUAGAACAGCAAAGCAGCUCUUCCGUGAGUGCCAAUAUUUUCAGACGUGCUUUUCUAGAAGCUCGCACCAACAGGAACAACAGCACAAAGAACUACAGGAAGCUUGGCAACCCGGAAGCUACUAAGAUAGCUUUGAUUUGUUCGUUAUAUCAAACAGCGCUGCACACACUCACGCAAAUGAAGAUCGAGAUACUGACCGGACUAUGCUACCAAGGCAAGAUUUUAUAUCACAUGUGGUUAUUUCUGACCACCCUGGGACCGCAUUGUGGUUUGAAGGCAUUUCUAGAUCUUUUGGUAGCAAACACCAAGUGCACAGCACCUGAAUUUCAGAUGUUGAUAUUGUUUGCCGACUGUAUGACGCAUUAUGUUACUAUUCUGGACGAUAUGGAGAUGUACGAGCAGCAAGAUCCUUUCAAGCUUACAGAUUUCAUCACUAUGUCGUAUUUUCUGAACCAGUUCUUGUACAAAGCUGUUCUCACUAAUCUGUUUGAUGUGAAAUCGGUAUCCAGUAAUCCUUUGUUUAUCUCGCUUUAUAUUCUUCUGAUGGCGAUCUAUCGACGUGAUUGCCGCAGAACAUUCUGUCCGGAAGGUCACUGGUUGGCGAAGGAGGUACGAGUGUCUGGUUUUCUGGCAGACUUGGAGAAAGGUCGACGCGGAGCGGCGCUUUUACUCUCGAAGAUGCCCCACGUCAUUCCUCAUUCUGAGCGAGUCGUAUUGUUUCGCAAACAUAUAGCUGACGAGAAAGCAGUAAUGGGUCUGACCGAGAGCGCUUGUAAUUGUCCACCGACUACUCUCAUCGUUGUGCACAGAACGCGGAUAGUUGAAGACGGUUACAGACAAUUAGCCAUGUUACCGUCGCAAGCAUUAAAAGGUGUGAUCAGAGUACGUUUUGUAAAUGAGCAGGGCUUAGCCGAGGCCGGCAUCGAUCAGGAUGGCGUUUUCAAAGAGUUCCUGGAGGAGACAAUAAAGCGAGUGUUCGAUCCAUCUUUGAAUUUAUUUAAGGCCACUAGUGAGAAUCGCCUCUAUCCGUCUCCUACGUCUUUUAUGCAGGACAAUCAUUUGCAACUGUUCGAAUUUGUUGGGCGGAUGCUCGGCAAAGCGGUUUACGAGGGCAUUGUUGUGGAUGUGCCUUUUGCAUCGUUUUUUGUAUCACAAUUUUCCGGACAAACUGGCGGCGCGUUAUACAGUUGGCUGGACGAACUCGCCUCUCUAGACCGCGAUCUUUAUCGUAGCUUGACUUUGGUGAAACACUACAAGGGCGAUAUACGUCAAUUAGAAUUGACAUUCUCGCUCGACGAAGACGUGCUUGGCAAACUGGUCACGCACGAGCUCAUCCCGGGAGGACGCACCACUGCCGUGACCAAUCAAAAUAAGAUUCAAUACAUCCAUCACAUGGCGCACUACAGAAUGUAUCAUCAAAUCAGAGAGCAGACCGCCGCUUUCAUCAAGGGAUUUCGUUCUAUCAUCAAUCCUGAGUGGCUGUCACUGUUCUCGACGCCCGAAUUACAGAGAUUGAUCUCGGGUGAUAAUGUUCCUUUGGAUUUGCGAGAUUUACGAAAGCACACACAAUAUUACGGCGGUUUCCACGACAGUCACCGAGUGGUAUGCUGGCUGUGGGACAUUUUGGAAAAAGAUUUUACAGAAGAAGAAAGAGGUUUAUUCCUAAAGUUUGUGACGAGUUGCUCGAAAUCACCGUUACUCGGUUUUGCUCACUUAGAACCACCUUUCUCUAUACGAUGCGUGGAAGUAUGCGACGAUGAGGACACUGGCGAUACGAUCGGCAGCGUGAUCAGAGGUUUCUUCACGAUUCGCAAAAAGGAUCCACAAAAUCGACUGCCCACCUCGUCGACGUGUUUCAAUUUGCUCAAGCUGCCGAAUUAUCAGAAGAAGAGCACGCUGCGGGAGAAGUUGCGCUACGCUGUUACAAGUAACACCGGUUUCGAACUUUCCUAGAUUCGUGUUAUUGACCGCACAAUAUUCACCUCAAACGCAGAAAGGCGACGAGCAAAUAUCAGCACGAAUUUAUAUCGGAAUAUUGCGAUAGAUUUAAAAAGUGAAUAAGAUUGCCUAUCGGAAUUUGUCGCAAAAAGUUUCAAAAGAGCUAAUACGACCGCUGACCUAUUAUUGACUUUAUAUAAAAAUCGUCAAAUAUAGUGCCUAAACGUAUUUCCGAUUCGGUGUAAUUUAUAUCCGAUUAAGCUCGUCGCUUUGAACUCUGAUUCUCAGACGUGUGACCGUCUGACGGAAGGAAUGAUGUCACGAUUUUUUGUUUUGAAUGUUGAAACGAUGUUGCGAUAUUUUAUUCGAACGACUACAGAUAAACAUCGCGAAUGACGUCAGAAUGUACAAUAUAUACAAUAAUAAAAUGCAAAGAAAUAAUUGUUAAGUACAUGCAUAUAUCUAAAUAACUAAGUACAUUUCGUUGUACGACGAGAGAAUGAAUGAAUAUUUUAGAGUGAAGCCUGUUUACGAUAUUUUUCGUGAACAUACAUAUACACACACACACGUGUACACAUAUACAUAUAUAUUAACGAUGUGAAAUACACUGUACCUCAUGAGCUUAAUAACUGCUGAGAUGAUAAUUGUGCGCUUGUUAGUGAAUAGAGUCGUUGAUCAAAUCGUUACAUUAAGAUUAAGGGGGGUGGUAAACGUGUAUUUUCGUAAAUAGCAAUCGCGUUAAAAAACAUUACAUUUAUCGCGGAUUUUCCAACGACUAAUUAAUCAGAUAUUCAAGCACUUCUCGAGUUGAAUUGAGAAGUGAAGAAAAAAAUUAACAUCUUACGUGUGUCUCUUAGUGACAUGUUAGAAUUAUUGUGCUUAUUCAUUUCAAACUAAUAUUGAAAUGAUAUUUUGUAAUUGUAAAUGUCCACAAGCUUAUUUGCAUUUAUUUUAUUAUAUAUAGGAUUUUUGUAAAUUUUUGUAAAUUUUAAUACAUAUAUUUAUAAUCCUGCUACAUUGCUUAGAGACGUAUGAAAUAAAAACAAAAAAUAACUAAAAUAAAUUUAUAUAAAGAUCGGCAAUUUUACACAUAUCGGGGAUAUGUGCCGACACUUGGGAGAGAUUUACCACCCCUGCGUUAACGUUUUCUCUCGAACGGCGUAAUAUUUCUGUGAACGAACUAGUGCGCGUGCAAAAAAAAAAAAAAAAAAAAAAAUGAGUGUCCGUGAGCAAUCAAAAAUCUAUCUGCGAGUUUUUAAAAAUUGUUUUCAAUACGAAGAGUAAAAGAGCGCAGUAGAGCGUGGCGCGAGAAAACCGCCGAUCUAUUUUACACGAUAUUUUCACAAGAUUUUUGUACAAAUUUUUGACACGGCGUAUAAUCAGAUCACCAAUUUGGGACGAUCCGAAGUUGCAAUUUCCACGGGCGCUCGCAAACAAACAAACAAAAAAAAAAAAACGUGUGUUCGUUCUUGUCGAAAGAGAUCGUCAGACAAAAUCUGAGAGAAAGAUCGACGGAGAGAGAGAAGUUUUGCUAUAAUAAAAGAUUCCGCCUCUGCUGUAAUCGCAGUGCGGACUUAUUCACGUGUGUUAAACAAAUAAAUAUCGAAAAAGGGCACAAAUAAGAAAAAAAAAACUUCACGUAAUAAUACUGCGUGAUAACAGGGCAGUAAUAAUGUUGUUAUUCCUCUCUUGCCUCAUUUCCGGGGGAACGUGUUCUUUUAAACAGAGGAAGAUGAUGCGAGAGACAGAGGAAAUUUAAUGAUAGACCAAAGAUAGAGGCGAACGAUUCGAGAUGAUAAUCUUUGCAUAUUUUCCUACAAGAUUGGGCGUGUGUGUUGUGAAACAACCCUGCGUUCACGCAGCAUUGUAACUGAAUUAAGAUGUACAUCAAACUCUUAUCUUACACAGUGUACAAGAUAAGAUGUAUAACACUCUACUGAAGUUCAGAUUUGUCUUUGUUUUUUUUUUUUUUAAUAUUGUACACAAAUUGAUAUUUAUUGCGAACACAUUGUUUUUGCUAGAAAUAAGUGACACGCGCGUAUGUAGUAACUGUUAUCGAAAGUGCAAUAUAAUUGUAAUUUGUUAUAUAUAUGUGUAUGUAAUAUUUAUUUUUUAAUUUUGAUAUGUGUAAAAUUUAAUUGGAAUUUUGUUAAAUAUUUAUGUAUAUACAUAUAAUUUACAAAUGAUUUAUAUUUAGCUUUCGAGGUUUUAGGUGAACGCAGGAUUGACGAUUGUGUACAUAGCGUUCGUGAGACGAAGUGACAAAUGUUUCGGUUUGAUGAGUUACUCUCGUUACGUUUUGAUUACUCGUUACGUAUAAAACAAUAAGUUUACAAAAAAUGGUUAAAAAACAAAAAAAAAAAACAAUCUAAAGAUUAUAUCAGGAGUAAAGCUUUUUUGUGAUUGUAAGACGAAUUUUUAUUCACAUCGCAAUAACGAAUUGUGCAUUUAAGAAGUUCAAUAAUUAAUGAGACUGGUAUAUUCAUUUAAAAAAAAAAAUAUUUAAAAGAUAAAAAAUAUACGUGACAACGCGCUGUAUAGCGAGUUUCUCUUACAAUCGCAAAGCGAGUAAAAAAAAAGACACCCGUAUAAAUCGCUCGCUUCGAUUAUGCAACGGCCACACGUUUUACACCACGUAUAAUCGACGAUAAAUUUAUUGAAGAAACCUGUACAAGAAAAGAAGAUUCUGUAUAAGGAGGAGAAAGAAAAAAACAAAUUCGCUAAUUUCAUACGAUCAAGAUUACAACAAUCGUGUAAAAUAUAUACACACGUC